AUGCCAAUUUGGGAUAAACUUGGCGAGAAAUACAAGGAUCAUUCCACAAUUCUGGUUGCAAAAAUGGAUGCAACAGCAAAUGAAGUAGAGGAUGUUAAGGUGCAAUCAUUCCCAACAAUCAAAUUCUUCCCGGCUGACUCCAAUAAGGUUAUUGAUUUUACCGGCGAGAGGACGCUGGAAGGAUUUACGAAAUUCCUGGAAAGUGGAGGAAAAGAAGGUGCUGGCUUAUCAGAUAUGGAGAAAGCCGAGGCGGAAGCAGAAAGCGAGGAAGAAGAGCCACCUCAUACAGAAUUAUAA